UCGUUGCAUCCCUAGGUAGACCAGUUAGAAACAUGAAUGUUAUGAUUAUGAUUUUGUUGAAAUUCUGAUUUUCCGAGACAGAAGACCGAAAUUCCUGGACACGGGACAAGUUUAAGAAAUUCCCGGACAUUCCCGGAAAUCCCGGCCACCCUAUUUAAGACCGAGCGGUGUCAGCGAUAACGUUUACACGAUCGCGUCCGCGGAUACGGAAAUGCAGCGUUAUUUUUCACGUACGACGCCCAUCCUCUCCCUGUGACGGAACACGAAGGCAGCAAGGUGGGCGCCACACGUGACGAUGCACGCACCGUGCGCAACUCGCAAACUCGCAAUUUCCAUUCCGAUCUUAUCCGGCGCGUGACGUAUCGUGCGCGAAUACCUCGGCUAUCACGUGGAAAUUGCAGCGGCGUAUCGCGUGACGAUAUCGUUCUCCCCGGACGUCCUCCUAUCCCGGCGGAUGUUUCCUUCCUCGUGAACGGCCGGCGCUCUUUCUCGCGCGUUGACUCUUGAAAAUUGAGGCUUUCCGACGCGUACGCAGGCUCUCUCUCUCUCUCUCUCUCUCUCUCUCUCCCCCGACCGGACGGCUCUCGGCAGGCGGCGAGUAACAAAGGACCCCACAAGACCGCCGUAUAGGAAGGGGCAGCGCGCGACGACCCUCUUCGAGAGCCCCAUCGUGACGCGCGCGAGCGUGCCGCCGCGAGCGACGAAAACGAGCCGUACGCGUUUGGAUAAUGGUUUCGUGCGACACUCGCCGCGCGCGCGCGAGUUUUCAGCUUCGACCGCGGCGCGAGUGCGAUUGCCGCCGCCGCCGCCGCCGCCGCCGCGCGGCGGCCGCGCGGAGGAAAUCACGCGUUACGCGCCUAUUGAGCACCGCGCUCCCUCGGCCGCGUCUAUUUCGAGAUCAGCCGCGUGCGAGCGUGCGCGAUCGUGAAAGAUCCGCGCGCACGUGUUCGUGAAACCGCCCCCGCCGAAAACGGGGUGAAAACGGUGGAUGAGGAUUAAUUGAGUCGUCCGCGAUGAUGGAUUCUUCAUCGAGCGGACGUCAUCGGGAAGAGGCGAGAAGAAACGAUCGACGGACGGACGGACGGACGGGUGCUCGCGUCGAUUCGCGAUUCGACGUUAAUCUAUCGCUGGACGAUCGUUAAUGGAAAGGGGGGGGGGACGAUUAUUGAGCGGCCAGAAGGAGCCAGGAGUCUGACGGAGGAACAAGUGCCGGGGACAAUAGGCCGGCCGAGCCAGUGGGAAACACGCUCGUUUCGACUCUCCGUCCGGCGUUGGCCCACCGACGGAGAGUAGCAAACGCUUGGAACAAAGGGUGGGGGUGAACGUGUUAUUUGUGGAGAGAUUUAGGAGGGUUCCAAGCGCGGUGCAGCCGGAGAGAGACCGGUCGCCGCCGCUGCCGCUGCUGCCGCCGUCGCCGCCGCGGCCGAUAGCCGUCAGUUGUUCACGCGUUGCCGACGCGUGGACGCGCGUCGAGGAGACUUCGUCGGCCGUCGUCGUGCGUUCGCUUCUCCGCCGCGGCGAUCCGCCCGCGCGCCGCGCACGGCUUUAUUACGCAACGCGCGAAGCGAGCGCGAGCCGGCGUCUCGAUAUCGCGCGAAUAUGAGCUGAGCCGGCCGACCGAAAGUCUUGUUUAUCGUCGCACGUGCGUCAUAAACAAGAAGAGACGGCCAGCAGCGGCUGACGCGGAUCGCCUUCUAGUUCCUCCUCGCGAUCGCAAGCAAAGACAGAGAGCGCCGUUCAUUCAGUACGGAGGAGCAUGCGCGUGCGGCGGUGCGUGCGAGUGCGUUCCGUAACGGAGCACGGGGCGCGAUCGGGGGCGAUCUUCCGCGGAUUCCCCGGCGGGAAUGAAAGAGUGAGCGCGACGGCGGACGCACCACGUGGCUCGACGACGGGGCGCGCCGGCGAACUGUGAACUCGCUCUGUUCGGAGCACAUGACGGAGAAUCAUGAGGAUGAGGCACGACAUGACGAUAACCACCCGCGCGGAUGUUUACACGCACGAGAUGCCGAGCACGUCCGACAGCGUGAUAAUGUCAUCCGGCGACUCAUCAUCUCCGGUGCAGGCAACGAUGUCUUCGACGGACUUCGACGUGCCAGACGACGCGAAGCUGACGAAUAUCAGCCCGAUCACGACUCCGUCGCCCACGACGUCGGAGAAGAUAUCGAAGGCCGCAGACAACGAGACUAUGUUGCAUACCGAUGUCGAGGCGAUAGAGGAGGCGACGCCGAUCGUUCAGAAGACUCCACCUAUGCCGGAAUCGGCACCGAAGCUCGAGAGGAACGGAUUCGACAUGGACACAAGGAAGACGCUCGACGAGCACGAGGAGCCUGACAUGUGCCUGAUCGAUUGUAUCUAUUACACGCAACAAUGCUGCAACUGUACGAUACUUUGAGGUCUCCGGACAUUCAGACUCGAGAAAUAUCGUACAAGUGAUACCACCACGGUCAUCAUCACCUCCUCUCCUCCUUCUCCUCCUCCUCCUCCUCCUCCUCUUCCUCUUCCUCUUCCUCUUCCUCUUCCUCCUCCUCCUCGUCCAUUUAAUGACUUCUUUAAAUCAAUGCGCAGACGUGAUUUGACGCAAAAGAUUCAGAAACCGACAUCAUAAUAAUUGUCGAGCACCGUUAGGACACUUUUUGUGAUAUAUAUAUUUAUAUACACACACACACACACACACACACACACGUACAGAGACAAGGGCAGUAAAAUGUACAUUCUGCGGUACGAUGUGUAGAAAAUUUUGUCAAUAUGUGCGCACGCGUGGACGUUCGCGGGUGCAGCCCUGUUCGUUCCCGCCUCCCCUUCGCGUUAAGAAUCUCCGACAUUACGAUACUUAAAAAUCAAGUACCGAGAGUUUUGUACGUUCGGCGGGAAGCUCGGUCGUAGGUGUAUCCGCUUGAAUAUCCAUUGCGAAGCAAUCCGAGAAACACACACGUGCACGAUGGACUUGUAUCUUUAGAGCGUGGUGUCUCUCCGCGAGGGGAUUCAUCAUAAUUGCAGCAUGUGCGCGAAUAUACACUGCCAUGACGACGUCGUAAAAAUGGUGUUUGAUGUACGAGAGACUUUUCGAGAGACAGAUGUGAGUCCGCGAGCGUCUCCUCGCGCGUUACGGAGCUACGCUGUAUCGUUACGUGUUCGCCACGACUGGACGUCAACGUCGAUAAAAGAACGUUUGGGAAUAUCAAUUUUUCUCAGCACAAUCGCUCCGAAACGCAUCAGACAUCCCCGCGCGCCGGGAACCCGGCGAAGUCGCGAAUACGGAAGGAUAAAUCCCUAGUAGUUUAUAGAGGACGUGUACAUAUAUUCCAUUUGGAAAACGAAAACAAUACAGACAGUGUCAAAACAGUAUUUUUGUUAUUCGUAUAAGGAUGCGUUUAUUACAAACGAGGAGUAACCCGAGAACAAUCUCUUAAUGCGUCAGUAACUAGCAAUAGCGUAUUUUGAUAAUAGCGCAGCUGAUGAUUAAAUCGGAUUUUAUUUUGUAA